AUGACCGAUACAUUAAACGAAUCAAUCAUGGAUAUCGAAUGUGAAAAGUCAAUACCAACAGCACUUGACCAAGAAAGUAACCCGCAUUUAGAUGAUAGUACAAAAAAAUCUCCAGCAGCAGCAGCACAUGAAAAUCCUAACGUAAGUACUCUCAGGAGAUCUGAGAGAAUUCGACAACAACGUGCAGAUGAAAGCGAACAAGCUAGAAGGGAACGACUACAGAAAGAUAAAGCAAGGCAUCUGUUGCGCCGUCUGGAAGAGUCACAGCAAGAAACACAAGAACGUCGACGACAGGAUGCAAGACGAGCGAAAAGACGAAGAAAACAAGAAACGGAUGACGAACGACAUGAACGACAAGCAAAAGAUGCAUCACGAGCAGAACAACGAAGAGAACAAGAAACAGAUGACGAACGCCAUGGUCGGCAAUCGAAGAAUGCAUCACGAGAAAGAAAACGAAGAGAACAAGAAACGGAUGACGAACGACAUGAGCGACAAGUAAAAGAUGCAUCACGAGCAGAACAACGAAGAGCACAAGAAACAGAUGACGAACGACAUGAACGACAAGUAAAGGAUAUCAUUCGCCAUCGCCAUCGUCGACAACGAAGCUCAUCUUUCUAUGCAGCUGCACUUCAACAUGAAUUUCCAUCAGAAAGUUAUCAUGGUAGAAUGGACAAGGUGUGUCGUCACUGCAACGCCCAGCACUUCGAAGAUGAGUGUGCUUCCGAUAGACAGGAUGAAUUCAAACAGUGUUGUCACUAUGGAUCUAUUCAACUUCCAGAGCUUCUCCCAUAUCUAGAUGAAAUCAAAGCUCUUCUCCAAGGAACUGAUAUAAACUCAAGAAACUUCCGCGAAAACAUCCGAAGUUACAACAGUGCUCUAGCAUUUGCAUCGAUGGGAGCUCAGAUUGAUUUACCAAAAGGUUAUGGACCUUAUUGUUUCCGUAUUCAUGGACAGAUCUAUCAUCGAAUCGGUCCACUUCAUCCUGAAUCUGAUCAGAGAGCACAGUUCGGACAACUUUACAUUUUGGACUCAUCCUUGGCAUUAAAAGAACGAAUGGGAAAUGUUCCCAACGAAAAUUGCAACGAAACGAGGAUGAGAAAACUCGGCGAUAUAAUGAAGAACAUUAGUCCUUUUGCUGCUGCCUUCAAGAUGAUGCACGAAGUGGAAGAAGAAGAAAUUGAUCGAGCUAAGAAAGAAAAACGAGCACCAACUCCACUUCGAAUGUUUUUUGACAUUGACUAUCGAAUUCAUGAUCGACGACUCUACAAUCUCUCAACAGCAAAUGAAGUCGCUGCAGUCUUUAUAGGUGAAGAUAAUGAAGUCCCAACGCAUCGACAUAUUGCAAUUCAUCCACGUGGCAAAGAUCUUCAAACUAUUUCAAUCUUACAUCCUCACUGUGAUCCAAUGAUUUAUCCGCUAUUAUUUCCACGUGGAGAUGAAGGAUGGCACCCGAACUUAGAAAA